GAAUGCCUUCAUACUCGCGCCGCUCUGAAAGUCGCGACCGUGACAGACAUCGAUCAUCGCGAAAACGUUCUAAAUCUAGAGACCGUGAUGAAAGCUCUGAUCGUAAACGCAAACGUUCUGAAAAACGCCGUGAUAGAAAACGAGAAAAAAACAGUUCAACACCAAAUGAGCGAAUCUAUGCCCCUGCGGAUGUAGCAUGUGAGCUAGAUGGAGGAAAUAUAAAUAUGGCACAACUCGAUAAGAAAACUGUUGACUGGCUGCAUGAAAAGAUAAAUGAUCAAGUGUCAAGCAGACUUGGCGACAUUGAGGAAAUUAUUCGUGAGAGAGUUAGUGCUGCAAAGAUUGAUAUGGAACAAAGACUAAGACUACAAAUUGAAUCAGAACUUAAAGAGGAAAUGGAAGCCAUUCAAAGACGAGAGAGUGAUGAACGUCUUCAAAUGUUAGAAUCAAAAAGACUGUUCGAAGAAAAGAGAAUUGAGCUUGAUCGUGAAAAGGAAAUCCUCAAAAAGAAUGAACAACAAUCUAUACUCAACAAAGGUGGCUCUCAAAGAGCGCCAAUUCGAAUGAGACUUGGUAGUGGAAGAUAA